AUGAGAUAUGAAAAAAAUAUAUUCCUCGCUGAAGUUUACUUAAGACUUGCCUUAACUAAUAUUAACAGCGAUUACAAUAAUAUUACAAGAUCUUUUAAAUUACUAAAGGAAAUAAAUCCUAAUUUAAAUAUAGAUGAUUAUAUUUUGGUCAAAUUUAAAAAUAAACUAUCAUCCGAUACUUGCAUGAUGCUAGACGAAAAAUUAAAAUUAUUUUCUAAUUCUUUCUUAGUUAUUACGAAAAUGUAUCUAUACUUUAAUAAUUUGAAUAAAACUGAAUGGUCUCGAGAUUUAUAUAAAGGAAAAUAUGAAAAAGAAUCUGAUAAUAUUAUGGAAAAGGCAUAUAAAAUGUUUAAAGAAAAUAAUGAUUUUUUAUGGUUAGGUGGUUUAAAUGGAGAUGGGUUCAUCAUCAUACCUAAUAAUAAACAAAUAGCACAAGGAUUUUUGACAUUAUCCACUUAUGUUCAAGAAGAUCCUUCAGGAAAGGUCAAAUAUGCUAGUGAAUUAUUAAAACAGAGAAUUGUAAAGGCUGCUUAUAAUUUAGGAAAAAUAUAUCUUAAUAGAUCAUAUAUUCAGGAUAAAGAUAUGGAUAAAGCUAUUAGUUAUUUAAAAUAUGCAGUAUAUAACAAAUAUAAAGAUGCUGAGUUACUGUUAAAUAAAGCUACCAAUAUUAAGAAAGCUUCUUUGGACUGUGCUAGUCAUAUCAUUAAAAAACUUCAAACCUCUGAUAAUAUAUCAGAUAGAGAUUCGUUAUGUAAAGAACUUGAGACUUUUCUUUUAUAUGCUUACAAUAAUGGAUCGUUAGAUGCAGCAUUUAAACUCGGAAAAAUAUUUUCAUCUAGUAUACUCGGUAAAAAAGAUGAGAUCACUAACGAUAAUUAUAUUAAAUGUAAUAAUAAAUGGAAGAAAUUUUUCAAAAAUUUUCCACUUAUUGCAAGUGAUCAUUCUCACGUAACCAAUGACAUAGAUAAUGUCAAAAUAAUUACCGCCUAUAAUGAUAUUUUACAUUGUGAAGCUAUUUAUUUUCAUAAUAAGACAACUAAACUUUAUUAUGAAUGUAAUAACAAUGAAGUACUCAAAGAAAUAAGUGUUUCUAUAAACAAAGAUGCAUCGUACAUCUUUUACAUGCUUUCUGCACAUAUUCAGAAUAAUAAAGAUAGUAUGUUUAAUUACGUAUUUGCUUUAUAUGAACAAAGUAAAAAAAGAGAAACAAACGAUCUAUUAGUGGAAAAAGAAAUUUUUGAAUUUAUUAAACAAGCUACUGAUUUGGAUAAUAGUCAAGCAGCUUAUAUAUUGGGGAGAAUCAUAUAUUCUGAAGAAUUGAAUCAAGUUAGAAAUCUCGAAGAUGUAAAAUUUUACUUGAAUAAAGCAAAAGAUAAUAACAUAAAGGAAGCAGAAAAAUUAUUAAAAAGGGUGGAACUAGAUAUUCAAAAUAAUUUAUUAUUAAAUACUACUUCUCGAUCAAAAUUAUUAAAAGAACUUAAUACAAAUAAUAUUGAAAUUAAAUUUGACAUAACUUCUGAAUAA